AUGCUGAUGAUUAUAACCAAGUCCGCAACACGUCCAUCAGACGUUACUCACAAAAUAAAGGAUAUUGAAGACCGUAUCAAUGUUGAUGAAAUUAUCGAAGGUGAAUUACCGGAUGCCAUCCAAGACUUUGUUAUGGCCAAUUACGAUGAAGUAACAGUCUUGGCAAAUAAGCUGUGUUGGCGUUUCCAACCAUUCCCACCUGAGAAUCUUCUACAAGUUCCUGACGUGAAAAAUAUUCCAGGAUUCAGUCAUAUAGAUCCAAAAUCACAAAAAUUUCAACAAGGAAUAUCAUUGUACCGCGAGGAAAUGUGUUCCCUUACAUUGGACGAAUUCUUGGAAAAAAGCCAAGAAAUAAAGGCAACUCCAGUAUACAACAUCUGUACAAAUUAUAUGUCAAUCGCCGAUUCUGAGAAGUACAUAUACAGAUGGUUGAAAUAUCAAUUUGGUACAGCUCUUGAACGAAAACAAUUCAUUACUGAUGUCUACAAUUUCAUCACAUUGAAAAAUAAGAAGAAAAGUAUUCUCGCUCUAAUUGGUGAUACCAGUUCCGGAAAAACCUUCUUCGCAACUGCGUUGGCAUUGUUACGCGGAUCAUACGGAACGGCACGUCAAUUUGCAAAAGAUGGAGAAAGAUUUGCAAUGGAAUCAAGCGUCAACCAACCUGUUCUCUUCAUUGAUGAAGCAAUUAUAACGACAAAGGUGGUUGACGAGUUGAAGGAGAGAACUGGCGGAGACGGUGGCUAUCAAAAUCGAAAAGGGUUACCAGCCGUGUGGGUUCAAACCCAACCAUUAAUCUUAUGUUCCAACUCUCAGUUGUUCGAUAUGACACCAUCAUCGACGAAUGCCUGGUCGAGCCGGUGUUACAAUUACACCUUCAAAACGUGUGAUCCCACCGUUGUUCCAGAAUGUGAUGUGUUCAAUGAAAUAACAAGGGAAUAUCGGCUCAACCCAAGAGCACUGAUCACUAUGUUUCAAAGCGUAGGGAAACUGGAAAAUAUAUUAGCAUAAGU